AUGGAUUCAUUUCGUUCGACACUCUUCACCACACUCUUCACCAUACUCUUCACCACACUCUUCACCAUACUCUUCACCAUACUCUUCACCUUACUCUUCACCAUACUCUUCACCUUACUCUUCACCACACUCUUCACCAUACUCUUCACCAUACUCUUCAUACUCUUCACCAUACUCUUCACCAUACUCUUCACCAUACUCUUCAUACUCUUCACCAUACUCUUCAUACUCUUCACCAUACUCUUCACCAUACUAUUCACCACAUUCUUCACCAUACUCUUCACCAUACUAUUCACCACACUCUUCACCACACUCUUCACCAUACUCUUCACCAUACUCUUCACCACACUCUUCACCACACUCUUCACCAUACUCUUCAUACUCUUCACCAUACUCAUCACCAUGCUCUUCACCUGA